CAGGCAGGCAGGCAGGCUGUCAGGGACAGUCUGUCUGUCUUGUUCUUCAUCCAGCAGUCCCCUCUGAGUGAGCUGUGGGAAUUGGGCUUUCUCAGGUCAGGCAACUUGUCUGAGGAGCUCAGUCCCUGUGGAUGCCAGCCAUCGUUCUGCUCCAGCUUUCUUUGGGUCUCUCUUGGAGAUUGCAGGCAUGUGGAUGAACUGCAGGAUCAAAAUCUUCCAUUCCAAUUGGAAUAAUAAGAAAAGUCAUCUCAUGUGCUCAGACAAACUUCGGUUUCAUCAGCUGCCUUCUCUUGAUCUGCAAGCAACCAGCAAACUGCAGCUUAGCCUGUAAGCCUCUCAGGAGAACUAAUCUGGCCUUGAUGGAAGCAGAGGUUUGACAACAAAUCUGGAGAAUUUAGAAACAAGUGGAGAUCAGUUUGUGCCCGCUGACUCUUGUCCUGUUGCUGGAUACCACCAAGAGGAGCCUGGUUUCAUCUUCUUUACAUCUCCAUCAGUAACGGCCUCCCCAGCUGAAGAUGUCUAACAAUGGAGUUGAAACAGAAGACAAACCACCUGCUCCUCCAAUGAGAAAUACCAGCACUAUGAUUGGUUCAGGAAGCAAAGAUCCCGGGACUUUAAACCAUGGCUCAAAACCUCUGCCUCCCAACCCAGAAGAAAAGAAGAGGAAGGAUCGGUUUUACCGAUCUAUUUUGCCAGGAGACAAAACCAAUAAGAAGAAAGAGAAAGAGCGGCCGGAGAUCUCCCUCCCCUCAGAUUUUGAACACACGAUUCAUGUGGGGUUUGAUGCAGUCACGGGAGAAUUCACAGGAAUGCCGGAGCAGUGGGCACGCCUGCUGCAGACUUCCAACAUCACCAAGUCAGAGCAGAAGAAGAACCCCCAGGCAGUGCUGGAUGUGUUGGAGUUUUACAACUCCAAGAAGACCUCCAACAGCCAGAAGUACAUGAGCUUCACAGAUAAAUCAGCCGAGGAUUACAAUUCAUCUAAUACAUUGAAUGUGAAGGCAGUCUCUGAGACCCCUGCAGUGCCCUCAGUGUCUGAAGAUGAGGAUGAUGAAGAUGAUGCAGCUCCACCCCCUGUGAUAGCUCCACGACCUGAACACACCAAAUCUAUAUACACCCGCUCUGUGAUAGACCCUCUUCCUCCGCCUACCAGAGAUGUGGCCACCUCUCCUAUCUCUUCUCCCUCGGAAAACAGCACAACAGCACCCGACAUGCUGGUCAGGAACACGGAGAAGCAGAAGAAAAAGCCAAAAAUGUCAGAUGAAGAGAUACUGGAAAAAUUAAGAAGUAUCGUUAGUGUGGGUGAUCCAAAAAAGAAGUACACGAAUUUUGAGAAGAUUGGACAGGGAGCCUCAGGUACAGUUUACACAGCAAUAGAUGUAGCUACAGGACAGGAGGUUGCAAUCAAACAGAUGAAUUUGCAGCAGCAGCCCAAAAAAGAACUGAUUAUUAAUGAGAUCCUGGUGAUGAGGGAAAACAAAAACUCCAACAUUGUCAACUACUUGGACAGUUACCUUGUAGGAGAAGAGCUCUGGGUGGUGAUGGAGUACUUGGCAGGAGGCUCCCUGACCGACGUCGUGACGGAGACCUGCAUGGACGAGGGACAAAUCGCCGCCGUGUGCCGGGAGUGUCUCCAAGCCCUGGAAUUCCUCCAUUCAAACCAAGUUAUUCACAGGGACAUCAAGAGUGACAACAUCCUGCUGGGAAUGGAUGGCUCUGUCAAACUAACUGACUUUGGCUUCUGUGCCCAGAUCACUCCUGAGCAGAGCAAGCGCAGCACCAUGGUGGGCACGCCGUACUGGAUGGCCCCGGAAGUGGUGACGCGGAAAGCCUACGGGCCCAAGGUGGAUAUCUGGUCCUUGGGGAUCAUGGCCAUCGAGAUGAUCGAAGGAGAGCCCCCCUACCUCAAUGAGAACCCUCUGAGAGCCCUGUAUCUCAUUGCUACUAACGGGACUCCAGAACUGCAGAAUCCAGAAAAGCUUUCACCCAUAUUCCGAGACUUCUUAAACCGAUGUCUUGAAAUGGACGUGGAAAAGAGAGGCUCUGCAAAAGAGCUGCUACAGCACCAGUUCUUGAAAAUUGCAAAGCCUCUAUCCAGUCUCACUCCUCUGAUUAUUGCGGCUAAAGAGGCAGCCAAGAACAACCAUUAGAGUGGUGAAGUCAACAGAGUCAUCAUGUCAAGACUUUCAGAUGUUCAUUUCAGAGACUGAAUUACUCGCCCUUCUCCCCUUCUGCUCCUUCUUCACAGGGGUGUUGUUAAAACCUUGACUUGCCCUGGAGGGUGGCAGAGGCAUUGUUCACUGUAUGUGGAAGGGCACACAACAGGACAUGGCUGAUCUUACAUGGUGAACUGUCCCGCCAUCCUCAUGAUGGGGACAAGAGGGGAAGAACAUUUUGUAUGGGUGAGAAGAUCUUUCUGAGAGCGUCUGAACCUGACCUACACGUAGUGAAGCCAGUUUGUUUUCAUAUUUCUUAUGGUGUUUAUUUUUAAAAAUAAUGUGGAGCCUUACACCAUGUUUAUCUUAUUAAAUUAAAUCUUCUGCUGGCUGCACUUUGCCUGCUUCUGCCAAGCUGCUGUUACACCAUGGAGGCUGCUCUGUGCUCCGGAUGACUCGAGGAGGGGAGGAAGCAGGCAGCAGCACUGGGAACAGCUGUCAGCUGAGAGGGGAACCAGGGGGUGAAGGUGCAUCCCUCCUGCAACACUGCUGGAUGCUUCAAGGAAGCUUGGACAAAGCCUCUGUGUGCUGCCUGCAGCCACUGAAGAACUCAAUUUAUGGAUGAUCUUUUUGCCAAACGGUGUGAACUGCCCCCUACUCCCCCUUCCCCCUUUAGUGGCAACUCUACUAGCUAAACAAAUCUCAAAUAAUUUUUGUUGUUCUAGGAAAUAAAUCACGGGAAGAAAAUGACAGAGAGCUCUUUUAGGGUUGUUUUAUCAGUGUUGUGAGGCUUUUUAGAGAUGCUGCCCUGUGUGAUUAACAAACAGGGCAGUUACUAUUGUAAAGACAAGAUUUGCCCACAAAAUAUGUUGAGAACUCUUGUUUCUUAGAGCAAGUCCAAUGGAAAACAAACUGAUGAUGGAUGCUGCUUUCUCUGUGGAGAUGUGGGGACACAAAUUUUUUAAAGUGAUGGUUUCUUAUGCUACUGAUUUAUUGGGUUGCCCAUAGUCUGUAACAAACAACAGGAAAUCUGGAACUACUAGAAGAGGGACUGGUUGUAAACACUGGGCUGAUGUUAAACUGUAUACUGAUUUUUUAAUAAAGUGACUGCUGUGUUUCUUAA